GUGCCUGCGUGGUCAUACGGUGCACCUGACAGUGAACGGAGACAAGCGCAUCAUUCCAGUUUUAAAACACUUCGACGCCUGACCAAGACAAUGGACUUUAAAGGUGAUAUUCAUUCAUAUGGAGCUCCCAAAUCUGGCCAGGAUAGUCUGUUGAAGAAAGAUAAUGUGGCUACCCCAGAGGCAAAGAGUUUUGACAUUAAAGUUGGUGACCCCAUGGAUAAAAUUGGUGGGAAAAAAGAAGGUUUCACCCAGCAAGGAAUGAAUACAAGCGCUAAUAUGAAUGUGGGAAUGGCCCCCUUUCAGUCCACUAAACCUCCCACCAUGGCUGAAUCUCAGAAGACAUCUAUCCUACAUGCUAAUGAACAACCAAAACCUUUCUUGGCCCCCAGUAAACCACCUGACACAAGCACUCACAAUAUCUUGGACAAACCUGCAGGUCAGGCCAUGCUCACCCAUUCCCUCAACAAGGCAGAGCAGAGUUCCUCAGAACUUUUGGGUUACCAAGGGGUUCUACAUAAAGAUGCCACAUCAGAGGAAGGGUCAGAUGAGGCUGUACAGCAGAAGGGAGAGAAAUGUGAAACUAGUGAAGAGGCAUAUGGUCUCUUGGAAAGCCUCAGAUCUCCUGAAAAAACCCAACCAAAAAGCUCUUACCAAGAAGACUGUUCACCCCCUGAUAAUGGCGAGAACUGGAAGAGCGAAAUUCGAGAGUGGGGUGGUGGACGGAUCCAGGCGAAGAAAAGUAAGAGCAGAAAGAAGCUUCCGGAGGAGUGGGGCAGUUUACCAAAUACAGCUAGCCCCUCUUCUGACCCAAAUACUGAAAUGGACAUAGACAUGGAUGUGUUUAUUUCUGACAUGUAUGAGACCAAAGACCCUCCUACUACUUUUAUUGAACAAGGGGGUUCGUCUUCUUUCACAACUACACUUCAUUCGGCCAUCCCAUCAACAAUAAGUCAGGCUAAUACUGUCUUACUUUCAAACAACACUGAUCUAUCCAUGAGCAAUCAAGUCUUGACCCCGAAUCUCACCUCUGGCCCUAAAACUACUGCACAUUCCAUUUCUAACCCACAUGCAGACACCAAAACCUUUCAGAACAAUUCAUCUGUAAGUGGUCCCUCCUUAUCAGACCCUUCCAGCACUGUAGUAAGCCAAAAUCCUGCAGCUCCUGCUUCCCUCACUUCUCAAACAAAGCAUCAGGAACCACCACUGGCAAAGUCCCACCAAGUGAAAGAAGAUACUAUUGCAAAAGAGAAGAUGGAGAAAAUGGACACUUCACCGAAGACAGAUAUUUUGAACACACUUGUUAAAGCAGAGAAGCCUGAAAACACAGAGAAGACUGACAACAAGAAAGUGGACAAUGUGGGCAAGAUCCAUGAGGCAGAGAAACAGGACUCCAAAACUGAGAAGAAUGGGAAGCUUGAGAAAGGGAGUAAUGCUGCAGAGACAAAAAAGGAAGUGAAGGAGGAGAAGAAGAACGGUGGUGAAAAAGUGGAGAAGACAGUCAAGAAUGAGAAGAAUGUGAAGGCUGCCAAAGAGACCAGUAAAACCACUGCAGCUAAUGGAAAUAAAGAUUUGAUCAGUCCUGAUCAAGUUAAGUCAAACAAACAAAAUUCAGCAAAACCAAGCUCACAUUCCACUGGAGAAAAUUCUGGUGCCCCGACCUCUAGUUCAGCAAAUAAAACAGGCUCUGUGGCCAAGAAAACAUCUCCUACUGGCACCAAGAAACCUCCUGGCAUCACAUCUGCUCAUGAUGCAAAGACCUCAGAGAACAGUACUUCAGCCAAGCGUAAGCCUCCAGUUCCAAAGUUUAAUGAGGCUCCAAAAGGCUCAUCUGGCACCAAGACCAGUGGCUCCUCAGUUAAAACCUCACUGAAGAAGACCGCUGCAAAUGCAGCCAGUGCACCAUCCACUGAUGGAACUCCAGCCCUUCGGCCCUCCCGCAUCACUAAACCCCCUGUGCCCAAGCAGAUGCCCCUGCCAAAGAAGCCCCCAGUGCCACGAGCACCACGCAGUGCUCGAAUCCCUAAUGCACCCCUGCCUGAUCUAAAGAAUGUCUCUUCAAAGAUUGGCUCCACAGACAACAUGAAGUACCAGCCCGGUGGAGGCAAGGUUCAGAUAGUACACAAAAAAAUGGACUUCAGCCACAUCACCUCCCGUUGUGGCUCCAAGGACAACAUCAAGCAUGUCCCCGGAGGAGGAAACGUUCAGAUUCUGAAUAAAAAAGUUGAUUUAAGCCAAGUGACUCCAAAAUAUGGCUCCAAGGACAGCAUUAACCACAAGCCAGGUGGUGGUAAUGCAAAGAUUGAGUCUCAGAAGAGCAAGUCCAAAUCCAAAACGGGAUCAAUGGACAGUGUGGGCCAAGAGCCAGGAGCUGACCUUGCUGAGCAGGUAGGGGAUCAACAGAAAUCUGAAGGAAGCCCGCCUACUCCUACAAACCCACCCAUUCAGACCGAUGGAGGGAUGAAGGAGAAGGGGCUGAAGGAGAGCUCUCCUGCACCCCCACCUGCACCCUCUGAAGGACAGGGGCUCUGGAAUUCUCAAAGUCAAGACAAACACAUCCCUGCCACAAAUUGAAUCCUACAGGCUGAGCUUCCAAGGGGAUGCACAAGCUUACACGGAACCGUGGUACCAGUAUCAUUUCCUGGUCCCUUCCUGAGUGGCAGCCACCUUUCACCCACAAUGCAUUUGCAGUGUUUCUCUGAGCUCCACACUCUCCUUCGUCUCAACCUAGCCUGUUGCAUAUAGUAGCUAGGGAACGGGCUCGAAACCAGCACACUAGCAGAACAAAAGCUGAACCUUUUAACACAUUGCCUUUCUGUCACACCAUUAUCAGCUACUUUUCUCUUCAUUGACCAUCUUCUCUGUUUCCUCAGAUGCACAAAGAUUGGAUCUCAGUACAAGGCUUCGGCAGGUUUGCAGUCUCAUGGUUUCAGAGCUAGCUUGGUUUCAGUGUGCAGUGCUGUAUGGAAGCUGUAUUAGCUUCAUACUGCUAACUAUACAGAAACAUGCAGGCUUAUACGUUUCUUCUCAUUUCAAGUAUAGGGGUUAAAAUAGUCAUAUAUAAUUACGGCAUCAAGUGGAUGAAAUUAAAUGACAUGAAUGAAUAUGAAUUUACCAGACAAAAUUACAAAAUAUAAACACCCUAGGUGUAUAGUCAGCCAGUAUUACUUUUCCCAUUGGCUGCACAUCUCUCAGUGUAAACUCCCAUGCAGUCAGUCACUAAGGAGCCUUUAUUACAAGCAUGCCAAACCAUAUGUUUAUCCCCUCUAAAAUGAGGAAAUCACACCACUCACUUGUUUGACUAAUGAGACGGGUACAAUUUUACUAUAAAUUAGCGUAGGUUAUUUUAACAGGAGGGGCCAAAUCAUUAUUUUAUGCCAGCAUUUGUGGUAAAGUAUUAUGCAGGCUCUCUAAAGGCAAGGACACACACCUUUCCAACAUGACUAUAUUUACUGUUUACUGUAACGCAGUGAACUGAAGAAAUAAUUCACACAGCUUACUUAGGGGUGGGAGAAGAAACCUGAGCUGAGGCAGGACAUUAGCACUCAACAGGGAAAUAAUUUGACCAUGAGAAUACAAAGUCAGUAUUUCCUCUGUUGAAUAGGGAAUACAGAAUCGGGAUUUAUUUUUUGGUGAAAUAGCCAAGCAUGUGACUGACAUUCUGUUAAAUAUAUUUACUAUACUAUGAGGAAUUACUCAUAGAAGAGAAUUUAAGUGCAAAAUCUGACCAAGAGUGCAUCACAGCCCAGCAUCUAUUUUACACAGUGUGGUUUUAUAAGGCAAAGACAUGAACUAGUAAACUCUUCAAUAAAAGUCUUUGUUUAAAUAGGCCCCAAUAUGUUAAGGACAAUAUGGAGUUAUGAAAUAACUGACAUUUGGGAGAAAGACCAUGCCUGAUGCACUACCAUCAUCCUAGUUUAUUUCUUAUAACUUCCCAACUGUGACAAAAUUUCCACACCCUCCACCUCCCUACCUCCUCCCUACUUUUCAGCAACUUCUACCCAAGAGGGGCCUGGCUAUCUAACGCAAAGCGGGAUCACAAGUUCUCAAAGUUCUUCCCACUUCUGCAACCUCCAUGUCACUUAGCUGAGGGCGUGGUCUGUGCUCGCAAAAUUGACCUUGUGAUUGAAAAUCACUUUCUUCUAAAUGCUUAGUAUGCUUUAUCCGGAUACAGUGUAAACAUCUAGUGAAACAAAUCAGUCCUGUUAAUUUGAAUUCUGCGAGAAUGUUCAGGCCUUGCACAGAGGAUUCGCCAUUCAAGAUACGUGUAUUAUUUUAAUGUUUGUGUGCAAGCCUGCGAAUAAUAUUAGUAAUUUAUAUUCAGUACUAUGUGUAUAUGCCUUUGUGCCUAGUGUGAAGUGUGUGUGAACAGUGUGUGAACAGUGGUCACAUGUAUUCAUGCAUACAGUCAUACUAUCUUACUUUAUGAAUGAUCUCAUGCAUAAUGUCUAGCAUUAAUGAAAUAGCUGCACCUCAACAACACACACACACAAUGCAGUUCAUAUAUAGUUCCACCUGCUAGUAAAAGACAACAAAAAGGUUUCGAUUUAUGUACUUUACACUAUACAGUAUUUUGGUAUUUACAAAACAGAAUACUUGUGCAAUUUUUCUAUUGUUUCCGUGACAAGUUAAAGGAGUGCAUUACCACUAGAAGGCUGCAGAAGGCGCAAGGCACUGUAAUGCAAUCCAUUUUUUGAUAUUUUGUAGUGCGUUUUGUAGAUCAGCAUGCUUAGCAAAAGUAAACAGCAAUAAUUUGUGCGCUUCAUAUUGAACAUUUAUCUCGAUUUAUUUGGUAUACCAUCACGUUUGCCUCUUCGAUACAGAAACACAAACUCCCCAUAUGUUUAACAUAAGCACAUUUGAGCAGUUUGGCAUCUGGAAGACAAAGGUUGAGCACAAGUACUAAAAUACAUGUGAAUGUUAUAUUCUCAAAUAAGCACUAAUACAUCAUACUUGAUGUCACAUUAGUUUGUGAUCUGUUUAAAUGAUAAUGCUCUGCUUAUUCAGUCCUAAAAGCACAACAAAACAGAGCAAGGCACAGUAUUAAGACAUUGACAAGUUAUACAUUACUUCAAAAAUAUUCUCAGUCAUUAGGACAUGUUUGAAACUGUUAAAGGAAGCUGGAAGUUAUGGUUUAUGAAUCAGGCAUAAUCUGUGUAAGGCAUAAAAUAUUUGAUGCAUUCAGUGGUUUGAGAUAUUUCAUUGGAGACAUUUUGUGGUCUGCUUUUUUUUUUUUUUUUUUUUUUUUUUUUUUUUGACUGGUUGCAAAUUACGUUAGUUUGUGGUACCUAUUUUGCCAUUUCACCUACAAUCACCAAACAAACCCACAAAUUCUCUGAGAUUGAGGUUACACAGAGAUUUGGCCCUGUGUACCCUAAAGUUGUCAGUUUGUGAUAUGCAGUUGUCACUCUUGUGUUCUGGUUGGACAUGAAGCCCAAAAUUGGGACAACUAACAAUCCGGUUUUCAAAUAUAUUCAUCCAGGUGUACAACUUACUAACGUUGUCCAAUGCUAAAAAAAAAAAAAAAUCAGUCCGGAGAGCACAUGUACUAUAAUGAUGUUCCUCUACUGUGUUAACUAAGGGUACAAAACAAGCCACUGUAGAUUUUUUCUGAAUGUGUGGCAGGUGAUUCUGACAAAUAGGAUAUUGGUGAAAAGGACCAAAUGUUUUUCAUGGUAACAAAGCACUGAGUUCCAGUUUAUUCACCACCAGCCUUGAACAGCAAACUUCUUUUAUAAUUUAUUGUUUUGUGUUCCAUGUUCUGCAUGCUGGGGUUUCUUCUGUUGAAUGAAUUUUAUUGUGAUUCGUAAAUGCUAAUUUCAAUGUUCUAACAGCGAUGUCAGAAUUUUUUUCCCCUAACAUCUUAUGGGUUGGACAGAGCAACAGUGUAUGCCCUAGGCCAUAAGAUUACUAAUUGUUUAACAUACGACUGUGUGGAGGCGAGGGGCACUCCUCAAAUAGGUAACUUUAAACAUUAUACAGCAAUAAUAAUACAUGGAGUGUAAUUAAACCUUUCACUAUGAUUAAAGAUAGGAAGACUUAUACAUGCUUGAUCAGAGUUACAGCAUAUUCCUCUUUUAAUAUCCACACACCUGUUUAAUGGGAAUCAAAUUAGGACUCAUGAAAGGCAGAUGUGUCCUUGAGUGUCCUUUAGGAAGCAAAAGGAGUAUAGGGUAAAACUCAUCUUUACGUCCAACAAAUGUGGUUGCCAUCACCUGAUGCUUCUGAUACGUAGAGUUUGAAGGCAUCAGUCAGUCAAUAUCGUCUGUGACAUAAAACCAUAGUUUCACAGUGGAUUGUAUAAAGUAGAAAACAGUGACAUAAGGCAGCUCCAGUACGUGUAUGGGCUCAGUGUGUUUACUCACUAUUUAACUCUCAAUUUAGAAUGAACUUUAGAUAUUGGUCUUGUGCUGGAUGUAUUGAUUAUUGAUUUGAGCUGUUUUGCCUAUUAAAUGUGUACUAUUUAUUGUGGCUGUCAACUAUUAAUGUGAAAGUUAAUCAUUAAAAAUGGCUCGCAAAAAAAGUGUCCAUUUAAUUUCCUAACAUACAACAUAUUCUAACAUUUCAACAUACACACUAGGGGUGAAAUAGUAUCUAAAAUGUACCGCUUGUAUAUGCAUACAUUAUUAUAGUAUCAAAUAAUUCAGUUUGGGAAAUGAAGGACUGUGGACAUGUAUUUCUUAAUGUAUAGUAGCAUAAUUUCCUUCAGAUAUCACAUCCCAGUACACGCUUAUCUCAUCUGUAGCACGUGUACAGUGCCUUAUUGGGAGAAGUAAAGUACUUAGCGAUUCACCUGAGCAGAAGGCUGAUUGGGCAUGCAUUUUGAACUUGAUUGAUGGUCUUGGAGCAGAUUAAUAGUUUCCCAAAUCUGACAUGCUUUCAAGCUAUGGUGAAAUGGCUAAUCACUGCUCUCCAUCUUCUGAGGUCCCACCAUCCUGGAUGAAAUCAUAUAUUUUACAUACAGCAUGAGUAAACAUGUUUCUAUGAACUGUUAAAGCUUCUACA